UGCGCCACGAAUUCGUUGUGGUCGCAACGCAAUACCAUCGUCAAAUUAUUGUAACAUCAACGAAACGCAUCUUUCUCGUUGGAGAAUUCAGGGUAUCGCUCGAUUGUUUACGUACACGGACAAGCUGUGUGUAAUUAGUCAGAGGAUAAUGUUCGUAAAUGCUUUACUGGUUUUCUGGUCCUUUGUUUGUAUCGAGUUUCAUCCAGGAAUACCAUUCGAACUCGACUCGAAUUCGCGGCACACUAGUGCGCUCGAUGUUAUGCAAAUCUUUCAUUGUCUUUGAUGUGUAGCGGUAAACUUUCGUCCGUCGAUAAUCAAUGUGCAAUUACCCGAUAACGCGUUUUCUUCACUGACAAUAAUCGAUGUAGAUGAUGUUUAUUUUACUUCAAACGCGAGGACAAAUGCGAUGUGUACGUGAAAGACGAGUAAUCGUGUAACUGAAUAAUUCUUAUUGUUUCAGAUAACAAAUACGACAGAACCAUCAGUCUCUGAUAAUUCUAUUAUUCUGAAAAUAUACUUUCAAUAGAAGAACAUGGAAGAGAAGGAUUCAUUGAUAUUAUUUAUUUUAAAAUAUUUAACGAGCGUUAAAAAAAAAAAACCGAGUGCGAUAUUCGAGCCGAAGAGUUGCGUAAUUCAACGUGGAAGGUUUUCAUCGUACGCUUGGACGAACAGCGUGUAGCUAAUAUCGAAGAAAAAAAUAUAUAAUUUGAAGCAUCGUGUUUCGGCAAAGACUUCCAAAAGCUUUCUUCAAAUAUUGCACGCACAUUAAAGUGCUUUCAAAUGUCCCCAGGUCUUCUUAUCCGUUUGGGCCAUUAUGUACCCUUCGACAAUAAACACCGCGAGCAUUUCCUGGCAAAAUCCCUCGGCUUAAAUGUAAGUUAACGUGGCCGGCGUUGAACCGCGCCUUCGAUGCGCCCAUCUACCUGAGCGUACUUUCAACUUCGUCUAAGGUCACCGGACAAGUAAAUGACCAAUUUGCAGAAUUGAAACGCCUGUGAAAUGCGAAUACGAUCCGACACGCGUGACUGCAUGCUACAGGGGCAAAUUUUCGGUAGAAGACUGUUGGAGAAUGAAGGAAACGAUGAAAACGAGUUUCCAAAUUUACAGAAUAAUGGUUUCGCACCGCGUUGCCGUGCUUCAGGUACCUCUAAGUCAUAAUUUAAGGACCCGUUAUCCUUUUCGCAACAGGGUAUUUUGCAGGUAGACGGUGUUAUUGAAAGAGCCGGAGGGCCAAAAUUGACCUGGCUAAACACUGACGUGUCCUCGAGUGCAAGGCAAAGCGUAUGUCUCUGCAUUUAUUAGAUACACGUCAGAUUUGUCAAUUAUUCUUAAUCACGUGCUGAAAUUCCAUACGUGAUUGAGUACACUGUUGUAAUGCCGGUUACAUCAUUAAAAAAAAAAAGAUUCAAAAACUGAUGAUCGGAUUUGAAUAUCUAUUGUAAAUUGAAAAAUUUCCCCUUGACCCGUUGGAUGAAUUCUACAAUUUAUAAAAAUAUAAUUUGCGGAAGGUCGAAUGAAAUUAUUCGGGAAUUACACGUUUUAUUUUUUUAUCGGAUCCAAAGUUCAACGACGCUACGCUUCCAGUAUACACCAGCUAAGCUGCAGUUGCUUCGAGUUGGUUGAUAGUGCUGUCAGAAGCAAUAACGUUUUGCGAGGAAAUUUGAUUUAAAAAUGAAGAGCGGAAAUCAAAUAACUGCUGAGGCUCUGAAAGCUCAGGGCAUCGAAUAUGUUUUUGGAAUAAUUGGACACCCCGUAAUUGAGCUGUCCAUGACCAUACAGGCCCUGGGCAUUCAGUAUCUUGGAUUUAGAAACGAACAGGCCGCAUGCUACGCUGCACAAGCUUAUGGCUACCUAACGAGAAAACCAGCUGUAGUUUUAUGUGUCUCUGGACCGGGCAUGCUUCACGUUAUAGGUGGUAUGGCAAACGCUCAAGUGAAUUGCUGGCCAGUCAUAGUAAUCGGAGGAUCGUGCGCUCAGGAUCACGAGGGAGUUGGAGGUUUUCAAGAAUGGCCACAGGUAGAAGCCGCUAAACCCUAUUGUAAAUAUGCCGCCAGGCCACCAUCUGCAGGGUUAAUACCGCUUCACGUAGAAAAGGCUGUCCGGUUGUCCACUUACGGACGACCUGGUGCUGCUUACUUGGAUUUUCCAGCCAGCAUAUUGACCCAAUCAGUCGACGAGGAAAAAAUAUUCAAAGUUACAGUUUGUCCACCGCCUCCGUUAAUAUUUCCUGAUCGUAAAUUAGUUGAACAGGCAGCUAGCUUGCUUAUGCGAGCAAGAAAACCAUUGUUAAUUAUUGGAAAAGGGGCUGCUUAUGGUAGAGCAGAAAAUGAGAUCCGCAAUCUAGUUUAUUUAACAAAUCUUCCUUUCCUUCCAAUGCCAAUGGGAAAGGGGGUUGUUCCAGACACCGAUGAACGAUGCGUUUCUAGCGCAAGAACUUCUGCGUUACAACAGAGCGACGUUAUCUUAUUAUUAGGCGCCAGAUUAAACUGGAUGUUACAUUUCGGUCGAUCGCCUCGUUUUCAAACUGAUGUUAAAAUAAUACAAAUCGACUUGUGCCCAGAAGAAUUGCAUAAUUCUGUUUCUUCCGCCAUAGCAAUUCAAUCGGACAUCUCAACAGCUGUGGAUUGCCUUGUUACUGUUCUAAAAGAACGUAAAUGGUCGAUUGAAAGGAGCAAUCCAUGGUGGAAAGAUCUUCUCGCUAAAGCGAACAAGAACAAAACGCUUGUUAAUAGAAUGUCGGCGGAUGUUUCGGUACCCUUAAAUUACUAUGCUGUUUUUAAACAUAUACAAGAUAUGAUUCCUCCUAAUUCUAUUAUUUGCUCGGAAGGAGCCAAUACGAUGGAUAUUGGUAAAACAAUUUUGUUAAAUAACGAACCUCGCCAUAGAUUAGACGCUGCUACUUUUGGCACUAUGGGUGUAGGUCUAGGUUUUGGCAUAGCAGCUGCUCUUUACUGUAAGAAUCAUGCUCCUAUGAAAAGAGUAUUUUGCGUUGAGGGAGAUAGUGCCUUUGGAUUUUCAGGCAUGGAAAUUGAAACAAUGUUCAGGUAUAAACUGCCUAUUAUUGUUAUAAUUGUGAAUAAUAAUGGUAUCGCUGGUGGAUUAGACAGUGAAACAUUUAGGCAGAUACAGUCUUCGGGAGAGCCGACACAGGUAACACCACCAAAUUCUCUAACAUCUGAAACUCAUUAUGAAAAAAUGAUAGAAAUGUUUGGGAAGAAAGGAUAUUUUUGUAGGACAGUGCAGGAUAUUCAACAAGCAAUAAAAUCAUGCCUUCAGGUCAGUGAUGCUCCAAGUUUGAUAAACAUUAUGAUCAAUCCUCAGGCUGAUCGUAAAGAACAAAAAUUUAGUUGGUUAACAGAAUCAAAGCUUUAAAUUUAUUCAUUGUAUAAAAAGGUAUUGUUCACGAGUAAUACAGAUCAAAUUUGUACAUA